UCUUCAUGUAAGAGAAAAUCCCCAAGCGUUCUAUUCACAAAUGCAGCACUCUGAUGGGCUAUACUACUCACUCAUCAUUCGAUGGUUGAAGAUCGACGCAAAUUUCGAAGGAAAUAUGCAAUUCAGUAGUGGCAGGAAACGGAGAAGCAGAAUUCCAACGUUAGAAGGCACCAAAAAUGGCUGGAAGUAUCCAUACGGUCUGCAAAUGUAUAAGAUUCCUCCUACAGACAACAUAACAUUGGAGGACUUUGAGGAGUUUGCAAUUGACCGAUUGAAAGUUCUCAGAGAAGUUGAAACAUUGGGGAUACGUCACAAAAGAGGUUCACAGCAAUAUAAUACUGCCAUGAAGGAAAGUCUUAAAAAGUUCUUACCACAGGAGCAAAAAGCUCACAAGAAUCGAGAGGCUCAGGCAACUGUUGCCGAGAGAAGGAAAGAUCACAUUUCUCAUUUUAUUCUACGCCUUGCAUAUUGCAGAUCGGAAGAACUUAGACGGUGGUUCUUGUCACAAGAGGUUGAGCUAUUUAGAUCUCGUUUCAUAGAAAUGGCAAAAUUUGAUCCAAAGGUGGCAGAUGCUUUCCUUCUGGCCAAUGGACUUAAGUAUGAAACUAUUGAUGAAGAAGAGAAAAAUCAAAAGAAAGUAGAGUUGAUGAAUUCAGGUUUCCAUCUUACUAUUGACAAAGUCUUGGCUACUGAAUACUUUAAGGUUCCUUUUACUGAUGCCCUUGACCUUGUGAGAUCUAGGAAGGUUUACUUGGAAAAUGGCAAAGCUUUUAUCCCCAGAGAUGACCUUGUCUCUCUUGUCGCAAAUGAAUUUCGGAUGCAGCUGUCUCGUGCAUUGGCUAUGACUGCAAGAGCAUUACCAUAUCUGGAAGAAGAUGAGAGAUUGUUACCAAAGUUAACAAACCUCAGCCGACAGUAUGUGGGGCAAGAUUACAGCCUCAAGAAAAUAGCAGGAGGCAAAGUUACUUUGGAUCAGAUUGAUGGAUUGUCAAGGACUUCAUACCCUUUGUGUAUGCGCCAACUUCAUACAGCUCUUAAAGAAAAUCACCAUUUGAAGCAUGGCGGUCGUCUGCAGUAUGGCCUGUUUCUCAAGGGCAUUGGUCUGAGUUUGGAAGAAGCACUCAUCUUCUGGAGGGCAGAGUUCACAAAACUAAUGGAUGUGGACAAGUUUGACAAGCAAUAUGCAUACAACAUCCGUCAUAACUAUGGAAAAGAAGGUAAAAGAGCUGACUACACACCAUACAGCUGCAUGAAGAUUAUCAUGUCCAACCCACCAGGACCUGGAGAUCAUCAUGGGUGCCCAUUCAGACACUCAGAUGCUGAUCUGUUGCGUCAGCGGCUAGCAGCAUACAGGGUGCCCAAGAAAGGAGUUGAUGAGAUAAUGGCAUUUGUGAAAGAGUCUCAUUAUCAACUGGCCUGUACAAGAUAUUAUGAACUGACUCAUGGGGUUAUGGCCGAUUCAGCUAUCAAUCAUCCAAACCAAUACUUUGAUGAGAGCCAUCAGGUCACCCAGAAGGAAAAGGGUGGGGCAUCCAGAAUGGGAAGUGCCACACCUAGUGGAAUACAACAUGGGAGGGUUGCUGUCAAGAAAGAGAUCAACCCUGAUAACAUAGUAAACAUCUCAAACAAUGACCUAGGCGAUUUUCACAUGGAUGAUAACGAUGAUGACAUUCUAGGAGAGAUAGAAAGAAUGGAUACCAUAGCAUAACUGUCAGAAUGAAUCACUGCUGCAAAAAGUUUUACAACUGUAUCGUUUCAAUAUGACUGUCAUUUAACCAACAUGUGAUCAAUGACUAAUGACCAAUGUGUCAGAUCAAUAAAUAAAGAAAAAUAAAUACCUCAGCCUUACAUUGUUGUUUAAUUUAAUUGUUUUUCUCACAAUGAAUAUUUUGGUGUUAUGUAAUAAAUCUACUGUACAA